AUGAGCGCCUGUGCCAGCGGUGCUUCAUACCUGCGGUGGUGGCUACCGAAAGUCCUGUUUGUCUUGGCCGCCUUACUGCCGGGAGGCCACGGCUGCCCUAAAUCAUGCGCGUGCUAUGUUCCCAACGAAGUGCACUGCACCUUCAGAUACCUAACCGCAAUACCUGACCAGAUUCAGACAGCUGUGGAACGAAUUAACCUCGGGUACAACAGCAUAACCGCCCUCAGAGAGAACGAUCUUGCAGGACUCGAACGCUUAGAGCUGUUGAUGCUGCACAGCAACACCAUCAGCACUAUUGAAAACGGCGCCUUCCGAGAUCUCGCCUCCUUACAGGUCCUGAAGAUGUCCUAUAACCAAGUAAAGGAAAUAAAAACAGAGACAUUCAAAGGCCUGGAAAGCUUACUGAGACUCCACAUGGACCAUAACCGCAUUGAGUUCAUCAGCCCAGAGGCUUUCUAUGGCCUGACCAGGCUACAGCUCGUCCACCUGGAGGGCAACCUGUUACAGCAGCUCCACCCAGACACCUUCGUCACUUUGAGACACAGCAAAGUGUUUAAGGUGUCCUCCGUAAGGAACAUCCAUCUGUCCGACAACCUCCUCACCAGCCUGCCUGCAGACAUCUUCUCCGGCUGCUCCCAGUUAGAGAACCUUUACCUUCACGGCAACCCAUGGUCGUGUGACUGCCACAUGAAGUGGUUUCCUCUGUGGGUACAAAGGUGUACAGGUGUGCUGAAAUGCAAACGAGACAGGAAGUAUGCCAGGGGCCAGGUCUGUCCUGUCUGCGAGAGUCCUGCCCCGUACCGAAACAGGUCCCUCACCCAUCUCACUGCUGAUGCCUUCACUUGCACCAAACCUUGGAUCUAUCCUCACCUCAAGCAGAAAAACAUCAGUCUGGAUGAGGGUGAAUUCACUCCAGUCUCCCCCAGAGACUUCAUUGCCCCCAUUGGCUCCAUGGAGAUGAACUUGACCGACCACUUUCACAAUGAUGCCAGCCUAUCCUGCACAGUCCAGAGGCCCUCUGCCAUGAAGAACCUGACCCUGACCUCGGAGGAGGUGGGGGAACACAAUGUCACCAUGCUUACAGUCACAGUAGCAACCUCUCUGGUCUGUAAUAUUGAUUAUGAACACAUCCAGCAGCUGUGGCAUAUCCUUGCCACCUACAGCGACUCUCCCAUGAGACUGGAGAGGGGCCUCAUGCUUGCCAGGAGCCCAGAGAUGGUUUAUAGGUACAGCCAGAUCAGAUCAGAAGAGGGACAGGAGGACAUUUACACAAAUAUUGAGGCUGAGAUUAAGGCUUCUCCUGCAUGGUUGAUGCAGGGGGCAGUUAGCUUCCAGCUUGACCGUACGACUACCACUUUCUCUACCUUGCAUAUUAAGUACAGGUCUGUCGUAAACCUGCGUGUGGAGAACAGAGCACCCAGGAAGGACCACUACACCUGGACCAUGAUCAAAGUUGAUAAUCACACCAAGACUGAACACACUGUGAUCACAGGUGGCAUUGUAGAGUUGAACUGCAAGACCCUGGGAGACCCAAAGCCUUCAGUGGAGUGGAUCUUAGCAGAUGGCAAUAAGGUUAGAGCCCCUUACGUCAGUGAGGACAGGAGGAUUACAAUCACAGCCGAAGGAAAACUGACUAUAAGAGGAGCAGAAACCUCAGAUACAGGCCUCUACCGCUGUAUUGCCACCAACUACCUGGAUGCAGAUCUACUUAGGUACCGGGUGACCGUUUUGUCUCCUGAUGUUGAGGAAGCAGAGGUAACUGGGGUCCAACUCACUCGAUCGCAAGGCCAAAACUUGGUUUUGGACUGUGGCGCCACAGGCAAUCCUGAGACCUCAGUCCAAUGGAUCCUACCUGACCACUCAGUGCUGGUUAAGUCUCAAGGGAACAGGGUGGUGUAUAAAAAUGGUACACUGUUGAUUCAGGGUCUCACAGCAAGAGACAGGGGGUUUUACAGGUGCCUCACUGCUAACCACCUAGGCAUUGACCUGCUGGUGUCACAGGUCACUGUAACAGGAGAAGGGUUGGAAAGUGUGACCAUGGAAGACAAUGAAGGGUCAACCAUCAGAGCAGAGGUCAAGUUGGACACCAAUUUGGUGGAGAAGGAAGGCCCCAUCAUUGAGAUCCUCUCUUCAAGCUCCUCUGAGAGAAACAGUCAAGAGUCCAGGACCAAAACCUCAGACCGACCUUAUCCCAGAUUUAGGCCACUGAGAAGAGGAGUAUCUGGCGUUAGAAUGGGGCAGAAAAGAAGGGGUCCAAUAAGCAGCAGCCGCAUCUGGAGUAACAGGAGAUCCUUUGAUAGAGCAAACAGGAAAGUGGACCCACAGAAAUUUGCAGAAAUUAUGAAAAAGGCUCAAGAUGGGUCAAAGCUAAGUACCAGCAAUAAGAUGUACGAAGGCUCUGACACUGGUCUUUCUGGAGACGGUGAAAUUGGUUCUGGUGAGGGUCAUAAUGAAAUCCAGCUCAUUCUUUUACCAGAAAUAGUCAGGGCAACCUCAGAAAAUCCCGAAGAAAAGAUCCUCCCACAGUCAAAUCAUGUAACUGUCAAAUCAACAGUCACACAAAGUCCAGCAAAAGGGAGUGACAGUCAGAAUAGUGCAGUCAUACCCCAUGAGAGUGUUUCAGAUAGCUCUGUCAGGCCUACUGUUAGUGAGUCCAAUGAGCACAAUGAUCAGGACAGAACUAUGAAACCACUCUCAAACAGACAUCCAGUCACUCUGCGCCUCACUGUGACUGACACCUCAGAGGAAACCCAGGUCCAGUUUUCAGGAGAACCACAUGCAGAACCAGAGACUUCCACCAGAGGGAUGCUUUCCUUUGUUACAGACCCCAAUGUUACUCCAAUGAUGGAUGGACCAGGUCCAGUGGAACCAAUAGUUCACGUUUCCACUGACCCAGACAGCCAGACCACCUUUACGGCUGUUACCACCACUGAGAGAGACCAAGAUGAGAUCACCUUCCACACUACCCAAAGGAUCAAGUCCCGGCGCUUGCCUGCAGGAUCCACCAUCAUCUCCCGCCAGCAGAUCCACAUCCUUCCACCCAAGAAGGGCCGUGGAGGGGGCCGCAGGAGGACUCUCCAUGGUCGCAGGAGAAUCAUCAAACCUAACAGGAUCACUGACAUACAGUCCUUCAUCAAUAAAUUCAAACAGCCAACACUGAAGAAGGAAGGGAACGCCACGGUGCCAUAUACUGUGGAACUGACCACAGACUGUGACUGUGAUGAAGAUGGAAAGAAGAAAACAAGUGAUGUGCAAACUGUUACAUCCACAACCUCCCCCACCCCCUCUUCACAUGGAACUGAAAAACUUGUCUCAAAACAAGAUAAUACAGCAACUACUACCACCCUCUAUUACAUUACUUCAAAGCCCCCCUCUACCAAUACCCAUUCCAGGUCAGACGUGUCUAGUGGCUACUUCACCUCUGCUGAUGCCCCUGUGUUUGAGCCUACCCCAGAUCCAUAUAUGACCAAAAUUGAGGAACCAACAACCUCAAUCCCCACCACUGCUAUUACCUCUAAGGUUAUAAGAGGGAGGGUCCCAUGGAAUAGGCUCUUUAGAGGCAAGGGGAGGCAAAGGGAGAUAAUAAACAGACGAAAUAAGCCAUCUACUACUACACAGACUCCAACUACAGUUGGAACUAUUAUGACAAUCCCAACCACAACCGCUGCCCUGCCCACUGCUGAGUCCCUGCCUGGACUUGAGACAGGGUCCCCACCCAGACAGAGUGAGAACACAGAGAGCUCAUCAGAUGAUGACUAUGGAGAUUUCUCCUCAUUUGAAACUCAGCCUACAACACCACAACCCAGGUCAGACCAUCAAGUAACUACCACUCCAUCCUACUACCACAGCACUUCUACUACACCAACAGCGACACAGACCAUUGUCUCACCUCCUACAGUUAGAUCAUCUUUAAGGAUCGACCCUGAUGAAUCCUCAUCAUCUGGUUUUGGGGGAUAUCCUCGUCGUCGGUUUGGGAUCAGACAGAGACAUGAUGGACAGCUUGGCCGAAGGAGAUGGCCUUUCAGGGGUCGGAGGCCCCUUAGAAAACCUACAGUUACCGAAGCACCCACCACUACUACUGAGGACAUGACUUCUUCGGAGACAGACAUGGGAACCAUUUUUGAAACCACCAUUGAGACCACCACACUACCCCAAUGGAUGGUCUCAGUCUCAAGCCCCCUGUACACUCCCUCCAUGGAGACGGACAUGUCUGCAGUCACAGACUCUACUGAGCAGAAUUCAGAAGAGGAUAACGAUUCAGAUGGAGAGGAUAACUGGAAUGAAUCCACUUCUUAUCAUUUACAAGCCUAUACAACCAACAGACCUUGGACCACAUCUAACCCUACCACCACAUUCAGGCCAUACACCACACAGAGGCCUCACACCACACCUCAGAGCAGAGGCCACAACAACAUCAGACCACCAAUAGGAGGAAAUAGUGGUCACCCCACAAAGAUACCCAUGAAUAGCAGAAUCAGACCUACUGAGUCCAGUGGUGAGUCCAGAAGCAGUCCGGAGAAAACCCUCACCUUUGAUACAAUGACUGUUCUCACUGCAGAGCAGGGAUAUACAAACACCCCUGCCCCAUACAACAACAAGGACAUAGGCAAUGCUAUAUCCACUGCCAAUGAUCUUAUCACAGGCUAUGAGGCUACAACAGCCAAUAUAGUGGGCUUUUUACCUUCCACCAAGGACAUGCCAAGCAAGCCUAAGAUAAUGGGAGGCAAUGCAGCCAGCUUCACAGUGCUAUCAAACUCAGAUGCUUACCUGCCAUGUGAAGCUGUUGGAAACCCUCUGCCCACCAUCAGUUGGAGACGCUUCUCUUCAAGCACAGGAAGCACAAUUACCAUCAAGGGAAAGAUGGGCAAGUUUGAGGUAUUCAACAACGGGACGCUCUCCAUCAAGAAUGCUAAUAUUAAGGAUCGAGGUCAAUAUGUAUGCCUUGCUGAGAAUGAUAAAGGGUCAGACAAACUGCUGGUCACCCUCUCAGUGGUGGCUUACCCCUCUCGCAUCCUAGAGCCAAAGAUGCGCGAGAUAAAGUCCCAUGUUGGGAAUACUGUGGAGAUGAAAUGCAAGGCUGAAGGCCGACCUACACCUCUGAUAACUUGGAUCCUGGCAAACCGGACCCAGGUAAGGGGUCAUAAACAAGACAAGGGGAGGGUAUCAGUGAACACUGAAGGGACCCUUAUCAUUGGGCAGGUGACUAUCUCCGACAGAGGUCAUUACAAAUGCAUUGCCAGUAAUCCAGCUGGAGCCGACACUGCUACAGUCCGACUACAGGUGGUGGCUGCUCCCCCUGGAAUUCUGGAGGAGAAACGACAGCAGAUGAAAGCUGGUGUGAGUGAAAACCUGUGGCUGCCAUGUACCGGCCAGGGCCAUCCUCAGCCUACCAUUCACUGGGUCCUCAAUGAUGGGUCAGUGGUCAGAACCGAUAAGCCUGCUGUUAACCCUAGAGUGUCAGUGAAUGAGAAUGGAACCCUUCACCUUAAGAAUGUGACUCCAGUUGACAACGGGAAAUAUGAAUGUAUCGCCACCAGCUCGACAGGAUCAGAGCGUAGGGUGGUGACUUUGAUGGUGAACAAACAGGAGUCUAUGCCCCAGAUAGUGGAGACAUCCGAACGCUUGACUGAGUUGUCUUUCGGGGAUCAGCUGAAGCUGAACUGUUCAGCCACAGGAGAUCCCAAACCCAGGAUCAUCUGGAGGCUGCCCUCUAAAGCCUUGGUGGACCAGUGGCACAGAAUGGGUAGCAGAAUCAAGGUCCUUGAAAAUGGCACUCUGAUCAUUAAUUCUGUGAGUGACAAAGAUUCUGGGGACUAUCUCUGUGUGGCGCGGAGCAACAUCGGCGACGAUCUCCAACUCAUGAAAGUUUUCGUUUCUAUGAAGCCGGCAAAGAUAGAGGCCAAGCUUUAUGGCAAGAAGCAUGUCCCCUAUGGUAAUGACCUGAAGGUGGACUGCAAGGCUUCAGGGGCUCCAGAACCAGAGAUCUCUUGGGGUCUGCCAGACGGCACAGUAGUCAACAGUGCCCUCCAGUCUGAUGGCAGCAGUGGAGGUGGACGCACCCGACGCUAUAUCCUGUUUGACAAUGGAACGCUGUACCUCAAUCAGGUUAGCAUGUCAGAGGAAGGGGACUACACCUGCUAUGCUGAGAACCAGGUGGGCAAGGAUGAGAUGCAUGUUCAUAUCACUGUGGUAACCGCUGCUCCCAGGAUACGCCCACCUAGCCUGACCUAUGCCAAGGUGAAGCGUGGAGGGAACAUUCGCUUUGACUGCGAAGCAGUCGGCGAGCCCAAACCCAAGAUCCUGUGGAUGCUGCCAACAAAUGAUAUAAUCGCAGCAUCUAACGAGCGCUAUCUGAUGCACGUCAAUGGCUCCCUGGAUAUCAGAGAUGUGAAGCUGGUUGAUAUUGGGGAGUACGUGUGUAUGGCUCGCAACCCAGCUGGAGAAAAUAGCAAAGUUUACAAGCUGGCUAUUGAUGGCAACCCUCCAAUGAUCAAUGGUUAUCACCAGAACAGGACUGUGGUCAAAGACACAGCCAUGAAAUACACCAGGAAGUUCAUAGACUGUAAGGCUGAGGGAGAUCCAGCUCCUAAAGUCACCUGGAUCAUGCCUGAUAACAUCUUCCUGACAGCACCAUAUUUUGGUAGCAGGAUUAAUGUCCACCAUAAUGGGACAUUAGAGAUCCGGAAUGCGCGGCCUACGGACACAGCAGAGUUCAUUUGCAUGGCAAGGAAUGAUGGAGGCGAGGCAGUCAUGGUGGUUCAGCUGGAGGUGACAGACAUGCUUCAGCGACCUAUAUUCAAGAACCCCUUCAAUGAGCGCAUUGUGACUCAGAUGGGGAAGACUACAGUACUGAACUGCUCUGUAGAUGGAUACCCACAGCCAGAGAUCAUUUGGACCUUGCCUAACGGGACCCGUUUUACUAAUGGGCCUGACCGUGGCUCUCACCAUCACGUAGGCAAAGAUGGGACUUUUGUCAUCUAUAACCCUAGCAAAGAGGAUGUUGGGAAGUACCGCUGUGCUGCUAAGAAUUCCAUGGGUUACAUAGAGAAGAUAAUUGUCUUGGAGGUGGGGCAGAAGCCUUACAUCCUCACAAGGCCAAAAGGCAUCAUACGCAGUAUGUCUGGGCAUCCUCUUUUCCUUCACUGCCUGGCUGACGGAAGCCCAAGACCCAACAUUUAUUGGACUGUGCCAGGGGGCCGUACCCUGACUCGGCCUCAGGUUGUUGGACGCUACCAGUUGCUUGAAAAUGGGACCAUAGUCAUCCAAGAUACCACCCUCCACGACCGGGGUAACUACAUCUGUAGGGCACGUAAUGACGCUGGGGAGGCUAUUCUCACUGUCCCUGUUAUCAUCAUCGCUUACCCUCCGCGCAUCACAGCCGGGCCGCCCCGUAGUGUGAGGAUCCUAGCUGGGACACCUAUCCAGCUCAACUGUGCCGCCAUUGGAAUCCCUAAGCCGGAGAUUAGUUGGGAGCUACCUGAUCGAUCCGUGCUGUCUACAGCAGGACAAGGCCGACCUAUGGGGAGUGAGCUGCUUCAUCCUCAGGGCACACUUAUUAUCCAGAGACCCACAGCCACAGAAUCUGGCACAUACAAGUGUCUUGCCAAGAAUCACCUAGGUGUAGACUCAAAGGUCACAUAUGUACAUGUGUUGUGAAAAAACAAGAGGCUGACAGACGACGAGGCUGACAGAAUGUUUGCCGUCAGCUUUAAACAGACAUAUGUUAGUCACGUCUACAGUGUCUGUGAGGCACAUGUGGGAAUAUGAGGGUUGCAGUUUGUGGGAUAUUAUUAAGCAAAUGAUUGACAUGGGUUUAUGAAAGGAUGACAGAAGAGACAGAAAGGAGAAACUGAGACUUUGCAGGAAAAAUCUGAAAAAAAUCCUUUUUUCUGCAAGAAUACUUAGCCUGGGGACUAAAGAGGUGUUAUUCUUAUCGCAACGUUUGAGCUGGGGGGUCUGGAAACUCAUAGCUGGUUCUCAUUUGGGGUGUUUUUUUAAACGUGGGUUGCGGAGCCAAAAGGCCAAUGCGAGGAGUUAAGAUGAGUGACUGCUUUGACCAAGUACUGCUGUGAAUGGGGCUAUCAUUACGGUCCACAGGGGCAGGGAGAGAAGGAAAUGUUACUGAAAUUGUGAAAGAAAGAGAAACUUUCAUUGUGUCCCUAAAGACAUUGGACAAAAUAUUCAUAUUCUUCAUGACACAUUGUUUUGUCAUUCAACAUAUGAUGCGUUAACACAGGUAGCCAUGUAGAGCACGCUAUACUGAGAGGGCAAUACCAAUUUUACCAAGCCUAAAACAGGUUUACACAAAAACACAUAGAGAAUGGUUUUACACUGGAUAGACAUCUGCAUGGAAAAACAACUUUCAUACCAGAAUAAUAUUUAAUCACUUAUUAUCAACUCACCUCGGUACGACAGUUAAAAGAAUGAAGUGCUUUCCUUCAUGUUACGUUUCGGUAUAUAGAGGUAAAAUGACAAAAAAACACACUUCUAUGCUAUUGUGUUGUACACAAGGAUAUAAAAUGAUGUUAUACAUUAUGCCAUUUUUUAAAAGAAUGCAAUAUAUGAAUGUAUUUUGUUGUAUAUACGUGUUUACUUGGUCUACCCUACAAGGAUAACUGAGUAAAGUGA